UCUUGAUCACUGGCCAACAACCCUUUAGCUGUCGGUUUCAAUUUUAAAGUACAUCAUUCGGGUGUGACUCAAAAAUAUUUAUAGCGACGAUCACGAUGAAGGAAAAGGAAACCCAAGAGCCUAGGCAAGUUGACGAUAAAAGUCGCCGUCGCACAGUGGAUAAGCAAGCCAGGAGUCCUCCAUCAUCACAGAGUACCGAUCAGAACCAAAACGGUAGUGCUACUAUCAACCAGGCUGUGAUGGGAAUGCGGGGAAAGGACCGAGCAAAAGGAAGACAACAUUCUUUCUUGGAUCAACCAUUGGAAGAAGGUGUCUUAGUAACUACAAGAUCAUCAUCAGAUGAUGAUGGGUCGUCCCAAGAAGGAAAGAAAAAGAAAAGUUUCCGAAGAUCUCGGGGUGUUCUUCUCUUCACUGUCUUCAUGGCGCUAUUACUGGAUGAAACACUCAUGACUAUUAUUGUUCCUGUGCUUCCAGAUUAUUUUCUGAACCUUUGUAUUGGUAACAAAUGUCUGACUAUCAACAACACUUCGCCGGAGUGUGAUCUGAUCUUGGGAAACACAAAUCCAAAUGACAAUAUCCUCUCGACAUUGUCAAUUCUUGAUCGACAAGAUGUUGAAGCAACAAGCAACCCCAAAGACUCCAUCACUUCAAUAAUAUCAACAACGAACGAGGUUAACAGAUCGACCUCUUCUGAUAUGCCAGAUUCAUCUUCAAUAACAGCGCCCUCUUUUGAAGAAGUUUGCACCGAGGAGAUUACUCCCAAAAUUGGGAUUCUUUUUGCCUCCAAGUUCAUCUUAAGAAUCAUCUUGAGCCCCUUCAUUGGGACUAUGGCUCAUAAGAUAGGUUUCUCUCUAUUGCUGCUUUCUGGAUGUGUAAUAAUGCUUGCCUCCAGUCUGGUAUUUGCAUUUGGUAUUACCUAUGAAGUAAUGUUGACUGCUCGCAUCAUACAUGGACUAGGUGCAACACUCAAUGAAAUUGGAGGGCUUGGUAUUUUGGCAUAUAAAUAUCGAAAUGACGAGAAAAAACGUGGUUUUGCAUUCGGUCUCGCAAUUGGUGGAUUCGCUGCUGGAACUCUCGUUGGCCCUCCUCUGGGUGGUAUAACGUAUGACUUCCUUGGUAAGGAAGCACCAUUUUUGAUCAUGGCAGGAUUUUUUAUCGCCCUAGGAGUUUUGGAGUUGAUUGUCUUUUGUUCACACUCCAAGCAGCGUCAGAUAUACACCAAAGGUUCCCCAGUCUAUAAACUUGUUUUGGAUCCCUACAUACUCGGAACUGCUGGUGCGUUGAUGAUAGCAAGUGGUGCAGUAGCUUUACUUGAACCAACUUUACCCAUCUGGAUGAGACAUACUAUCAAGCCAACACCUGACGCUUGGCAGCUGGGUGCAGUAUUUUUACCAUCCGGUGUUUCAUACAUCCUAAGCAGUACAGUUAUGGGAUACCUGGGAUACAAACUUGGCAGGUGGGCCUUGUCAAUGUUUGCUCUGGUUGUCUUGGCAGCGAGUGUUGCUGCGGUACCAUAUACAAGUUCAUUCCUUAUGCUAGUGGGUCCUAUGGUGGGCAUAGGGUUUGGGUUUGGUACAGUAGACAGCGCUAUGACAGCAAUGCUCAACUCCAGGGUAGAUGCUCGCCACAAGGGGGCAUAUGGGGGCGCUGCAGCCAUUUCCACCUUCGCAUUCUGUCUCGGCUUUGCUAUAGGACCAAGUGUAAGUGGAUUCCUGAUAAAUGCCUUUGGAUUCAAAUGGUUAAUGAGAGGUAUUGGAGUAAUAACAUGUCUGUACGCACCAAUUUGUAUCUGUCUUCGUCGCCCUGGUAACACUGUCCCGAACACCAGAAACAACAAUAAUGGAUCGGCUUCAAGGUCGCAUAAUGACCUCAUCGAUGAUGCAGAAAGUAUUCCAAUACCCUCCAUUUCCAGACGCUUAUCUAGAGUGUAAAGAUUGUAUAUAAAAUUACAAUGCAUUUUUAUUAAUGUCUUAAAGACACUGGACACUAUUGGUAAUUGUCAAAGACCAGUCUUCGCACUUGG